CAUGCCAAUAGCAAGUAUAGCAAAAACAUCGAGCAAUAUUAAAUUACCGAAAAACAUCCUUGUAAGAACAGUGACAAGCUCAAUGCAUUGAGCGCAUUAAUCCCUUUUUUUUAAUUAAUUCUUUUCUCAUCUAACGGAUCGCGUGACAGAUCGAACGCGUUUGUUAGAUCAGAGUUUUAACAAAACAGAUAGAGCUUCAAGAUGUACACACGGAGCAGGCAAAAUCAGGGCUAUGGCAAUGCACGGAAUGCAAACAAUUCCCAAAUUCAAGGGUCCUAUACAAUGCCUGUACUAGUAGCUAUACAACAAUACCGAGGAGGUGCAUUCGACCAGGGACUAGGUCGUCAGUUACCCACAUAGCAUACCCUACCGUAGGCCGUUUUCUUGGUAGUUCGUGCUGAACUCGUGUCUAAGCAAAUUUUACUAUUGUAGAAAUGCUAUAUCAUUGUAAGCAUUUUACUUACUGCAUGAUAUCUUUAAUCUCAAUUUCUCAGCUUUUUAUUUAAACUGAAUAAGAAAAUCAGAUUUUAUUAUUUUUAAUAUUUAUAUUAAUUUAUAAUAUAAUUUUAUUAUGUAAUAAUAUUAACGAUUUUUUUUACAAUCUUUUACUUUUUAAAUGUAUUUUAAUUUGGAUACCCACAAUAAAAAAGCAUUAUUUAUCAUGCUUUUUUCUACGAGAGUUUAUCAUAUUACAAAUACUAUUUAUUAAUACAUAAUAUAUUUUCAACAAAAACUUAGCUCAGUCAUGAGUAAAGAGACGUUGGCCACAGUAAAGGUAACAUGGUUGGUAUGAGCUAUGGAGGUAGCAUUUAAUUGUUCUAGCAUACGAUGCUAGACCUUGGUGGGGUAGCACAACCGUAGAGGUUCCUUGUGUAGCGGCGACCCACCCUAUGUUUUACAGUAUGAUACACAAGGAAGUUACCAAGCAUCGCAAUCUACGUCCAAUCAACAAAGCAAUUAUAAACAAGGCAACAUACAAAACUCACAAGGCUUCAAAUCGCAGCCGCAGCAGCAGCAGCAGCUGCAACAACAACAGCCAGCGCAAAUGCCACCAGCCGCAGUGACACGACCUUUAUCAACUAUGGUGCCUACACAACAAUUAAAAUCGCAAAUGCAACAACAAGGACAGCAGCAAAUGUUACAACAGCAACCACCGCCGCAGCAGCAAAUACAACAACAACCUCAACAACAGUUACAACAGCAGCAGGCAAACCCAGCUCCAUUACCGCAACGAUUGAAGCCAAUCUUAAAACAAAGUACAGCAAAUGUGCAACCAACUACAACUGUUGCGCAAAUUACGCCUGUGACUUCUCAACCUUGUGUGCCUCCUGUAGUAUCUGCUCCGACUCUAUUCUCCGAUCCUACUAAUAACAAUUCUGAUGUUAAUGAUGACAGUAUAAAGACAGAAGAUGGAGAUAUUGAAAUGCAAGAUGUUCAACCAAGAUGGCGAAGAAAAAUACCUGGAUUUAAGGUAAAUAAAAAAUUGAAACGUCUUCGUAUGAAUCAGCGUCUAAGAAAAACUUUGCAGCCUAAAAAUGCAAUAAUGGUUUUGAACGAGAUGAAAGCCGGAGUUCAAUUUACAUUCCCUGAAACCCAAGGACCUAUGACAAAUUCACUUUAUCUCGUUCAUGCUGAGCUUGAUGGUAAAACUUAUGUUGGACAAGGAUUAUCUAAACCACUUGCUCGUCAAAAUGCAGCCGAGAAUGCAUUAAAAGCUUUAUUACUUGAAAAGAUGACAGCAGCAUCUAUGAAAGCACGUAUAGAUGCUGAGUCAGAUGGACAAGCUAAUUCAUCUUCAGAUGGAAUAAAGGAAGAAAUGAAUGAAGAUAGUAAUACUAUGGACACUAGUACUGAAGACGAAAUUCCAUGGAGUUCACUAGCCAGUUUUGCGCUUUAUAAACUUUUCCUUGAAUGGCAUAAUCAAGGAACAUCAGUCCCAGUACCACGACCUGGUUUGCCAGCUACAAAAGGAGCUAAAAAAGAUAAUCCUAAUGCACCUAAAACUCCCGUUCAAAAGGAACUUCCACCUAAUCCUGUAAAUAUACAUCCAGUUAUGUUAUUGAAUCAGAUGAAACCGGGACUAACAUAUGUAGAACUCAGCCGUGUUGGUAAUCCACCAAAUACAAUGUUUACUUUGGCUGUUGAAAUUGAUGGAAUUGAAUAUUCAGGGACAGCUAAAAACAAAAAAGAUGCCAAAAAGGCAGCAGCUAAGGCAGCACUGUUAGCAUUAUACAAUUUAACUUAUCCUGAAGAUAUCGCCAAACAGGAAAAUAUGGUAGUUGGUUAAAAUGUAUAAAGUUUUAUUUAUAAUAUAAUUUUCCAAAUAAAUUUUUUUUUUUUCAAUAAAACAUGAAAUGCAUUGAAGUAAAAAACUGAUAUUAUAUAUCCAGAAAUAUAGAUUGGGCUAAAUAAGAACCAAGCGCAGUAAACGAUGCGCGGAGUUUUGUAUAUGUUGAGAAGUAAUUUAUUGUACGUUUCAAUUCUAGAUUCGAACUAUUCUUGACAAAUAAUAGUAAUUAAAGCAUAUAUAAGCGCAUUUAGCGGACUUAACAGUUGAGUAUCGUCUUGCUAACACUUGAUUUAGUCUUACAAAAAUUAAUCGCGUAUGAUUGCUACGCAACUACUGAAUACACCCCAUGUGUCGGCCUAUGGUGCCCCGUAAUACUUAGGGACGUGCAAACAUACUGCACUUCUUUUCCAUAAAGGACGAAAUAUAUUGGUUUUCUGAUUUUGUGGAACUAUCAUGAAAAUUAGGACUGCAUUUGCAAGAUCUGGUACUGGGAAUCACGAGGACCGAGACAACUACACAUGCACGCUUCAAUUAAUAUUAUUUGCAAAAGAUGGUCUGAGUUCAGAAUCUAAACGUACAAUACAUUACUUCUCAACAUGUACAAAAUUCCGCGCAUUGUUUAUCGCGCUUAGCUCUUAACCCAAUCUCAGACAUAAAAUAUAAUUUUUAUUGACAAAGCAUAGAAUUACAUCUAAUAUCUGUAGUGUACACUGAUGUUCGUUUUGAUUUUACAUAUUGACAAUCUUGGAUUUUUGGUAUACUUCUUGCAAUUUACCUUUACACUAUAGUGCACAUUAAAUGUUAUUGUACAAAAAUUUACAUUAUAAGCAUAAAUUAAAACGUUAAAUAAUUGUAUGAGAAAUAAUUGUAUAAUAAAUAUGAGUUAUUAUUAUUAUUUAUAUUGAACAAUAAUAAUAUAGUAGCUCUCUUAAUAAUAAUAGUAGUAGCUCUCUUAAUAAUAAUUCUAAUAAUAGCUCUGUUAAUUAUUUGCCAUUGUAAAUUUGUGUAUGAUUACUUUUAUGUGCACUUGCAUCACUUCGCUAUAAGUCACGCAAUUUUGAAUGAUAUAAUUAUUGCUAAUCUUCUACAGUUAUUUUCUCUAUAUAAAUUUAUUUUUUACAAGAAUAAUGUUCGUUAAAAAAAAGAUAUAUGUGAUUAUUUCACAAUUAAUUAUCAAAUUAUAUUUAUAAUGCCAUAAAUUUUCUAUAAUUAUUAUUAAAACUACAUGUGCAUAUUAUUUGCACAUUGCUUAACAUACCAAUGAGAAAAAUAAUAUUGUAAAGAUAUUACAAUAUUAUAUUUACCAAACUAGUAAGAGUCACACAUGGAUGAUAGUGCCAGUUUUAAAGAAAAUUAAUUUUUCAUUGAAACUGAUUAAUUGUGCAUAGAGCACAAAAUUUUAUACAAUACCAAGUAUUUUAAUAAUUUAUUAUCGUAAAUCCUCUUAAUCUCUCUGAAAAUCUGUAAUAAUCUUGAAUUGAGAUUUGGUAUUGUAUCAAAGAAAUUUGUGCAUAAUUAAUCAGUUUCAAUAAAAAAUUUAUUUUCCUUGAAACUGAUGCACUACCAUACGCAUCUGACUUUUACUAGUCCGAUAAAUUCAAAUUUGUGUUUCACAUUGAGAGUUAUACUAUUUUUUUUAAUUGUAAAAAUAUGAAAGUGUUCAAUUAUCUAUUUUAUCAUUUUUUUCCAAUCAUUAACUAUAAAAAUGUUCUAUCCCUAUAUUUGUAUUGCGUAACUUAUUUUGUAUAUUGAUUAUAUAUAUGAUAUUAAAUACAUAUGUAAUGUGAUACAUCCACAUUUUGCGCCUUUAUAAUUGAGAAUUUUAUGGGUGAGUUCGUGUUUAGUAGUUUACUUUUAGAAUACUUAAUUACAUUCAAGUAAAACCUAAAAAGUGGACGUAUCCUAUAUUUAAAAUAUUCUUUAAUGUACAUAUCUCGGAAAAACUAAAUAUAUUCUUAUUUAAAAUUUAGAGAACUUCAUCAAAUAUUGUACUACACAAUAUAGCGAAAAAGUGUACUAUACAAUAUAAUAAUAAUUAUGCAUAGAAAUCGAGAAAUUUUUAUUAUAUCAUGGAUUAAUUACUGUAAUAAUGGCAUUGAUCACAUAAUUGACUACCAUGUUACAUAGCACUAUGUAUAUUGUUAAAAAAGAUAGUAUUGUAAUGAAUGUAAUGAACAUAUUAAAUUAAUGUGUAUUAAUAAAAUUAAAAAUCUUUAUUAGA